AAUUUUGCCUGGGUACGAGUCGAGACCGACCGACGGGUCGGUUAAACGUUUGAUCCAGCCCGCGAUGUGGUCUAGCUAGCUGUCGUUACAAUGAGAAGGAAGCUUGGCGUUAGCCUGUGAUUUACCCUAACCUCCUUAUUGUUUACACCGUAACAUGUGGGGAAUGUGAUGUAGCGACGUUCAAGGGUUUCUUUGUUGAUAGGCCGGCUUACCCUUAUCGAAUUUGUCGAUACAUUAUUGAUAACUGGUCAACAGUAACUUGACGCUAACGUUACAUGAGGAAGAGAGAAAAUAUAUAAUUACAGUAGCUUCGGGUCGGAUAUGGUCCCAAGUCUGAGGUUCUCAUCCUCAUCCUCAGCAAACACUGAAGUCGUGUUGGACAAAAAUAAGGAUUUAAAGUCUAAGUUCACUGUGAGGUCUGUUUCUUGGCUGGGUUGUAUUGGCUUUCGUUUGGACUUCAUUGCAUGGGAGCUAGAAACUUUGACCAAGAUGCAGCAGGAACCACCGGCUUUGCAGCUUCCUCUGAGAUGGAGAUGGAGAUGGAGAUGGAGAUGAGCCAAGGCACCACCACUGUGUCUGCACGCACCCCAUCAGGGUCCUCAGCGUGAGUCCACAUCAGCUGCCUGUCUCUGUGAUUGUCAAUAUUUGCAUCGUAACAUGGCCACCGUUCCUCCUGGGAUCCGCCUGCUGGUGUCCUUCGACAGGGACCAAUGGUACAGAGCUCUCACGUUCAUCCUCACCUUCCUGCUCUACACCAGCUUCCACCUCUCAAGGAAACCCAUUAGCAUCGUCAAGAGCGAGCUUCAUAAGAACUGCUCAUCUGUCAAUGAGCUAGCCACUAUUGCCUCCAGCGGCAGCGGGCAGCCGCCCUCCCUGACGUCUCUCCACACCGACAUGGACUGUAGCUGGAAGCCUUUUGAUAAAAGGAACUACAAGCAGCUGCUGGGAGCCAUGGACUACUCCUUCCUCUGUGCCUAUGCAGUGGGAAUGUACCUCAGCGGCAUCAUCGGGGAGCGCCUGCCCAUUCGCCUGUACCUGACUGUCGGCAUGCUGACCAGUGGCCUGUUCACCUGCCUGUUUGGACUGGGUUAUGUCUACAACAUCCACAACCUGGGUUUCUAUAUAUUUGUCCAGGUGGCCAACGGCUUGGUCCAAACCACUGGCUGGCCCAGUGUGGUGACCUGCAUCAGCAACUGGUUUGGAAAGGGAAGGCGUGGACUCAUCAUGGGCCUGUGGAACUCCCACACCUCAGUGGGAAACAUCCUGGGCUCUCUGAUCGCCGGCUACUGGGUCUCCUCCAACUGGGGCAUGUCCUUCAUCGUACCGGGGAUCAUCAUCGCAGUCAUGGGCGUCGUCUGCUUCUUCUUCCUCAUUGAGCAUCCAAAUGACCUGAAAAGCAUGUAUGCUCAAAGUUCUUCUCCAGGCAAGAGUCAGGUUCCAACCAAGAAAUGGACUGGUGAAAAUGGACACACAGAGAUGUAUAUGCAAUACGAAGACAACAAAGCUCAGGAGUACUACUGUUACGAGGAUAGGGUUCAAAACAGGAAGAGUUAUGACACGGAGCUGCUGUUGCCCAGGGACAGUGUGUGUGUCCCCAUGCAGCCUGUCGUGGUGGUGAAGAGGGAGUCCGAGCCGUCCGCCAUCAGCUUCAUGGGAGCGCUACGCAUACCCGGAGUGAUCGAGUUCUCUCUGUGUCUGCUGUUUGCCAAGCUGGUCAGCUACACCUUCCUCUUCUGGCUGCCGCUCUACAUCACCAAAGCAGCUCACCUCGAUGCCAAGAAGGCUGGAGAUCUCUCCACCCUGUUUGAUGUGGGAGGAAUAGUGGGGGGGAUCUUGGCAGGAGUGAUCUCUGAUAAACUGGGGAAGAGAGCCACCACCUGUGCAGUCAUGUUGCUGCUAGCUGCUCCUACCCUGUAUGGCUUCUCCAUGAUCAGUGAGUUCGGUUUGGGGCCAACCAUCGGCAUGCUGUUGGUGUGUGGAUGCCUAGUCAAUGGACCAUACUCCCUCAUCACAACUGCAGUGUCUGCUGAUUUGGGGACCCACAAGAGCCUGAAAGGCAACGCCAGGGCCUUGUCUACGGUCACUGCCAUCAUCGAUGGCACAGGCUCUGUAGGUGCCGCGCUGGGCCCCCUGCUAGCUGGGCUGCUGUCUGCAGGCGGCUGGGAUCGGGUCUUCUACAUGCUGAUGACGGCUGACUUCCUUGCUCUGUUGCUCUUGCUCCGGCUCGUGACAAAAGAACUGACUUCCACUAAACCACGUCCCAUCUCCGCUGUAGAGUUGAAGGAGCACUGAACACUUUGAUUGCACUGCCUCCACGUAGGAAAACACACACAGACACAGACACACACACAGACACACACACACACUGUAUUGAAACCACUUGUCUAAGCCUGAAAUGGACUGUGGCUCUGACAAUAACUGGACUCUCCCUGGCAUGAGACAUUUACCACACACAAACACACACAUGCACAUGUUAAUAAAACGUGUGUGCACACAGUGCUGCGCCAGCUGCAGCAGUUCACUGUAAACAAGACUGUACUUGCGUCCCUGAGGAAGAGCUGAAGCUGAAGUUCUGGCUGGUGAACCAAAAGGAACUGCAGCAGAUUUCAGCCUGGAGGAUUCAUCUGCACAUACUGUACUUGCACACAGAAAUGUACACAUACUCAACUUCUUUGCCGCUUUCGCUCAUCUUCCUCUAUCUAUUUUCAAUGGGAGCGAAGUUGAGCUCGAACACACUACCUGCUCAUUCUACUCUAAGGAUUGGCAGAUGUAUGAAACUAGCCUUACUUUGACAUGUAUAUUAAAACUAGAAGCGACCAGAGCUAUUUAUUUUAGAUAGCAAUCUUUGAAACAGCAACUUCCAUGCCUGUAGUUAUCCUCCUUUUCUUAUCCUUAUAAGCUCACCAAACACUGACCUAACCAUAACAGUCAAGUUUAUAUCUAAUCCUAACUAUCUGAACUAUUAUACCUAUACUAAGGGAGUAUUGUAAUUGUAUACCUAAACCCACAGCUUUCCAGUGUGGCCUUGGUGGCAUCUACCCUGUUUUUAGUCCUUUUAAUCAUGUCGUGCUCAUUGGCGACUUGAAAAAACAACAUCCCAUCAGAGCUUUCAGGAAGGAUUAAGAAUGGGGUCGUCAGAAUUGGGUUUCUUUACCAGACCUGAAAAAAUGGCAACAGCAAAAUUGCCAUUGCAGCUUCCAUGUUGCCAAACACUGACUUAAGAUGGACAGAUACAAUGCUCACUAAUGAUUGGUUAGGGCAAAAUAACCCCCUCUCAUCAGAAAAUUGUUUUCAUGAACACAAUGUCAGACGGAAUUGAAUGAACUUAAACAAAAUGCCAAUUCAGUCUGUUCAUCCGGCCUGAUGGGAUCCAUCAAGUCGUGAAACCACUGAAUUCCUGUAGUUAUCUGCUGAAUCCCUGUGGACUCUUAAAGGAACUGUACUCGAAAAAACUGAAAAUAAGAAAAGAAAAAAAAAAGUGGUCUGGGCUAGCCGCCACACAUCUCUCACAGACCGCCCCCAACUCAUCACAUACCGACGCUUUGUCACGGCUCUCUGCGUCCGAAACCGACGCACAAGACACAUGCACAGCUGGACCAGUUAUCAAAACAAAAAAUAAAGAAGCUUAGAUUACAACACACAGAUAGAGAGUGAGACUUCAUUCUCUGCUCAGGACGUCAUUACUCCAUAUAUUACUAUGCUAUAUUCAUAUAGAGUAUUGAGUACAGCCCAUUUAAGAUCCAUUAGUUCCAGAUAUUCUUCAGUGGAGUAUCUGUAAAAAAAGAUUAGAAGUAUGUGCAGAUAUGUUGUGUCAGACGAAAAAUGGAAGUGGAUCUUCUGUGAUUCCUGUCACACAUAAAGCUAAGCAUGAUUGAGCUAUGCAUAAUUCAAAAUGCUAAAAGAUCAACUUUUCAAACGUUUAUGAGGAAGUUAAUGCAUUCAGCAGUUUUGUUACGGCUCCAGGAUGCAUGAAAAAUGCAUUUUGGUGGUCAACGCUGAAUGUAAGUACAACUUUUGUUUGUUUACACAAAAAGUCCACAGGGCACCUUUUUAAAGGGGCAGUUCACCCAAAUUAAAAACAAUCUCACUACCUGUAGUUGUAUUUGUCAAGUCAAGUUUAUUAGUCCAGGUUUUUAGUCUUUGAGAGGUCUGCCUUCAUCCCAGUACAAUGAGGUUUUGACACCAUUAAGAAGAAGUGACAUGACAAUCAACAGCAACAUCUUUCCAGAAAUAGCGUCCCUGUUAUUGUAAAAAAAUAAAAAUCCACUGGACUGUUUCUGUGAAGAAAAGCAGGUUCACUAAAGACGGUUGACUGCUUGCUCUGUGAAUUAUUUAGAACACUGUUUCUGUACGUACAGUACAUGUUUUAUUGAUCAUUUUAAAUGUCAUAUUUGAAUGCUGACGUCAAAUUUAUAUUGAAGGGGUUGAUUUGGGUGGAGGCAGAAAUCUCAACCUGGACCAAUAAAACCAAAAUCUGUCUACAUGGGUAGAUGCCACGAGAGGGAAGUGUGAAAAUACGUUUGUUUAUAAUUUAUGUGAACGGACUCUUUAACCUAACCUUUCCAAUUCUGACAAGUAGCUCUGUUAAAAAGAAAGAAAGAAAGAACUCGCCCACUCUCUGUGGACAAAUGCCAGAGGGCUGCUGGACCAACUGAAUUCUGGGUGAUGCUGUAUGAGUGAAAGGAGGACAAACCAAGACCACUAGAACCCUCCUCUACUGGGUGGAAGCUGCUAUUUCACUCUCACCUUUGCCUUAUUGAACCAAAGAGAUUACGGGGAUUUAAAUAAGAGAUUACUUAUUUAAGUCAUUUAAGUUAUUCCUUUCCGUUUUGUGGUGGUUUCUGUUUUUUUUUUAUUUUGUAUUAUUUGUUAUGAAAUGAAGGCACCAAAGUUGUAUUUUAAUAUAAAGCCUGCAGAUAACGAUGCCUGUUUUUUUCUGUUUGUGGGUGGGGAUCUGAGAUCUUAUGAAUGUAAUGUUCUUGUCAAAUGAGAUAACUGACUUGUCAAACCACAUAUGGAUAUAUUUUGCAGUGCAGUAUCGAUCCGUUAGGGUAGUGUUUAAGAUAAUCGGUCACAGUGACUAAAUGUUAUCUUUCAGUAUCUAAUCUUGUAAGCAUA